AUCGGUCGCAGCUCUUGUUUCUGGGAGGAUAAUCCGGACUAACGGAACCAGACCGGGACACACCGAGCCUCUGUGAUCCGGGACAAUCAGCGGGAGGGUCCGGUACCAGCUCCGGUUCUGCAGAAACGUGACGAGAAUCAAAGGUCGAUCAGGAUGAUGAUGAACUCUGAGAAGAUGAUAAAGAAGAAACCUCCAAAAGACAGCCUGACUCUGCUGCCAUGUUUCUACUUUGUGGAGCUGCCCAUCGUGGCUUCUUCUAUGGUGUCCCUGUACUUCCUGGAGCUGACCGACGUGGUGCAGCCGGCGCUGGUCGGCUUCCGUUGCCACGACCGGGAACUCAGCAUGCCGUACGUCGACUCAGGAGACGAGCUGAUCCCUUUGCUGAUGCUGCUGAGCCUCGCCUUCGCCGGGCCCGCCGCCUCGAUCAUGCUGGUGGAGGGGUUGAUCUAUUGCCUGCAGUCGAGGCUGAGGCUCCGCAGGCCGGAGGGAAGCAUCAACGCUGGAGGCUGUAACUUCAACUCCUUCCUGAGGAGGACGGUGCGCUUCGUAGGUGUGCAUGUGUUCGGACUGUGUGCGACGGCGUUGCUGACGGACAUCAUCCAGCUGUCGACGGGUUACCACGCUCCGUUCUUCCUCACCGUCUGUAAACCUAACUACACGCUGGCCGGCUGCGACAGAAACUCCUACAUCACCAGAGACGUUUGUUCGGGGCCAGACCAGCACGCCAUCCUGGCCGCCAGGAAAACCUUCCCUUCCCAGCAUGCAACUCUGUCUGCCUUCGCUGCUGUGUAUGUUUCUAUGUAUUUUAACUCGACCAUCUCCGACAGCACCAAGCUGCUCAAACCCGUCCUGGUGUUUGCGUUCGCCAUCGCGGCGGCGCUGACGGGUCUGACUCAGAUCACGCAGCACCGCAGCCACCCGAGCGACGUCUACGUGGGCUUCAUGAUCGGAGCCUUCAUCGCCGCCUACCUGGCGUUUCACGCUGUGGCCAACUUCAAGUCCUCUGAUGAUGUCAUCCCGGCCCCGCCCCCUCCACCGCCGAAGGAGGACCCCCUGAGAGCACUGACGGAGCGAGGACACGAGUCUGUCUACAACAAGGGCCCCGCCUCGGCCUCGGAGAGUAACGACGAGAUCACGGCGACCCCGGCCCCCAGAGUCGUGAUGGAGGGGCCCCUGCAGGGGGAGCCGGGGGGGAGCCUGAAGAGGGCCAGUGUGGACGUAGAGCUGCUGGCCCCCCGGAGCCCCAUGGGGAAGGAGACCAUGCUGACCUUCAGCAACACCCUGCCGAGGGCCAGCAUGAACGUGGACGGGGUUCUGGACGAAGUAGGGCCGAUGCAACCAGUUCAACCAGUUCAACCAGUGCAACCAGUUCAGCCGGUGCAGCCGGUGCAGCGGCGCCUGAAGGCAGUGCAGGGGCCGGUGGACCCCAUGCGCUCGCAGCAGCUGGUGUCGGAGUGGAAGCAGAAGUCGAUGGAGAUGAGAGGCGUUCGGGACGAGGCGGAGCGUGAGGCCAGCGAGGAUGGAUCGGAGGGGGGGUCUGUGUCGACGGAUGAGCCGGCGACCCCCGUGUACCCGCCCGUAGUCCAUUCGGUGAGGAACCCCUCGAGUCGUAACCCCACUCCGCCUCCAGGUGGCGCCAAAGCUGUAGCGACUCCCCGCCCGCCGCAGAUCCCUGAAGCAGCUCCGCCCCAGGUGUCUCCAAAGAGCGCUCUGACCCGGGCCAAGUGGCUCGCCAUCCGGGAGAAGACGGGCGGGGGGGAGGCGUCAGGCCGAACCAACCAGCCCCGCCUCAUGCAGGUCAUCGCCAUGUCCAAACAGCAGGGGCUCCUCCCCUCUUCCUCCUCCGGGGAGAAGUCCUCAGAAACCACCUCCACCUGCUCCGGCUCCGGCUCCUCCUCCACCGCUGAGUCGCCGCACUACCGCGAACAUAAAGAGGGUCCUGGUAUCGUCACGGUCGACGCUCACGCCCCGCACCACCCCGUUGUUCAAGCCACGCCCCCUCUGCAGGCCCCGCCCCUGGCAGGAAAUGGUAACCCGUGGGAGUGGGGUGGGAGGCCCAGUGACCCACGGGACUCCUACGACCUGAACAGCCUGACCCGGGGCGACUCCUCCGCCCAUGGCAGCAGCUUCCGGCCUCACCGCUCCGCCUCACCGGGCGCCGACCCGCAGAGGGAGCUGGCGGCGGAGGCUCAGCGCCGGGAGAUGGCCAUGAGACGCAAGACGGCGCUGGUUCUACUGGACCGAGAGAUCAGGAACCAGACGGAGCAGGAGAACUAUUACAAGAGUCUGCAGGGACGCAGGUUCAAGGAGUAGAGUCUCACCCUUUCAAAACAAAAGCCUUACUUUCAAACUGGACUUCCAGCAGUGCUGAGCUUCAUGUGGUUUUACAGUUUCCAUCCUGGAGGUCCGGCGGACCCCCAACACUCGGAGGCUUCUCAACACAUUACAUUGAGGAUCAGUUUUGCAACAGCCACAGGGGGUCUGUUGCCUCCAUCACAAUGAAUGGCUCCCUGUGUUGUGCUGCACGUUAUGUAUGCAGAGGCUCUUUCUUUUAUACCUGUACAGAAAACGUGGAACAGAUCUCUGCUGCUUUAACCAACUGCAGUAAACUGAGAGGUGAAUUCAGACAGAGGUGAUGAGCAGGGUGAGGUGUUCCUGCUGCUACCUGACCGCACAAACAGGUACAGAAAGUUCUGCUGCUGGGAUUUUAAGGUAUGAUCCAUGUGCAAAAGUCUAAAUGUUGCUUUGUAGGCAGAACAAUGAACAAACUAUUAAAAGUUGAGAAGCAAUUCUCAAAACUGACGGAGGAUUUAAUAUCCUGUGUGUCAGUGCUGCUGCUUUCUAACCUCCUCAUGGGUCGGGAUUUAAACACAUUUAAAUAUAAACAAAUAUGCAAAGUAUGGAUAUCAUUAGAACUCAUCAGUGAGCACACAUCAUUUUUCCUGAUAGGACCUCAUACAAAUAACAAAAUCAUGUUGAAAUCUGCUGGAGGGCUAGCUAACGUUAGCAAUUAGCUGCUAGCUGUUAGCCGCAAGCGUUAGUUGCUGGGGAAAUGUGAUUCUGAUGACGUUUUAAUGGUGCGUUCAGGCUUUAUCCAGUAGAAAUAGGUAUUGGGCAAAGCUAAAUUAUAAUGAUAUCAUGAUGGUUAGAAUUUAAUCUGGUAAAUAACGUUUUCAGAUACAUACAGUUGUGUAGGUGCGAUCAUGCAAGCUAGCUCUCUCUUAGCUGUGAAUCGGAUGCAUAAAAAGGAACAUUUCGCUCCAAAUGUCUAAAUAUUAAUCAUGUAAAUUACACAGCAAGAGCAGCAAGGUGAUUGGCUUCUGUGAAUUCACCUCUCAGCAAUAAAACACCUUUCUUUGUCCACCUGAAGACCAGAAACCUCCCUGAUUCAGGAGGAUUUAGCUCUGAUUUCUGAAAGCUGGACCCGUGUUGAGCCUUGAGCAGGAAGCUGCAGUGUCUCCAUGGAGACUGAGUCAAAGGUUCUGAUUGGACGUUUGCUGUUGUCAUGGUUGGUUGCUAUAGUGAUUCUCAGCAUGUUUGUGUGUGUAUGUGCUGCCCUCUGAUUGGUUCAGAGCGUUUGUGUGUGAAUCUGAUUGGGUGUAUUUAUUACAGACCGACAUGAGAUUAAAUAUUUAAAUUAAAUAAGUUUCUCAGAUUCAGAAUUUAAAACAAACAUACAGAGUUUCUUAAAAGCGUGGAAAAAACAGCCCAAAAAUUGUAAUAUAUACUUACCUUUUUUUCCUUAUUCAAACUACAAUCAGUAAAGAAAUUAAGGAGAGAAAAUAUGAGAUUAAUAUUUUUUGAAGAUUGAGUUGAAUGUAAAAUAAGUAACUAACGCCACUGCAAGGAGAAGUAGUCAUUUUCAAAAUGAAAGUAAUAUUUCAAAAGCAAAUGUUAUGGCAGAAUAUUUAUCAUUUUAAUCUGAAUCUUUUCUCCUCGAUGUCGCUCUAAACUCACAGAAAUACAACGGUGGCAGAAAAAAACCUCUUCCAUCAGGAGAAACUGCAGCUUCAGAGAGGAUGCAGAUAUAGAAACA